AUUGAGGCAGAAAACACAAGAGGAGCCAGCUGCAGCUGAGGACGAGCUCGGCGGACGUCGGGUCAGGGAUAAAUUGUUUUUGUUGUUGUUGUUGUUGUUUUGUCUUCGGGCUACUCAAUAUGGCAGCGAGCACAGAGGCCCCGGAGCCCUGGUACCUAGCCCUGCUGGGGUUCGCAGAACAUUUCCGCACGUCGAGUCCGCCGAAGAUCCGUCUGUGCGUCCACUGUCUGCAGGCGGUGUUUCAGUUCAAGCCGCCUCCCAGGGUCGAGGCCCGGACUCACCUCCAGCUGGGCUCGGUGCUGUACCGGCACACAAAGAACAGCGAGCUGGCCCAGAGUCACCUGGAGAAAGCGUGGUUCAUUUCACAGCAAAUCUCUCAAUUUGAAGAUGUGAAGUUUGAAGCAGCAAGUAUUCUGUCAGAGUUCUACUGUCAACAGAACUUGGUCGACUCUGCAAAACCAGUGCUGCGGAAGGCGAUCCAGAUAUCUCAGCAAACUCCCUACUGGCACUGCAGACUGCUUUUCCAGCUCGCACAACUGCAUGCACUGGAGAAGGACUUGGUAUCAGCCUGUGAUCUCCUCGGAGUAGGAGCAGAGUACGCAAGAGUCAUGGGCUCGGAGUACACGAGGGCUCUGUUUUUACUAAGUAAAGGAAUGCUGCUGCUGAUGGAGCGGAAGCUGAGCGAGGUGCACCCUCUGCUGACGCUGUGUGGGACCAUUGUAGAAAACUGGCAGGGAAACCCCAUUCAGAAGGAGUCCCUCAGGGUUUUUUUCCUGGUGCUGCAGGUUACACACUACCUGGAUGCUGGACAGGUAAAGAGUGUGAAGCCGUGCCUGAAGCAGCUUCAGCAGUGUAUCCAGACCAUCUCCACCCUCCACGAUGAUGAGAUCCUUCCCACUAAUCCAGCAGCUCUGUUCCACUGGCUGCCCAAAGAGCACAUGUGUGUGCUUGUGUACCUGGUGACGGUGAUGCACUCCAUGCAGGCGGGCUACCUGGAGAAGGCGCAGAAGUACACAGACAAAGCUCUCAUGCAGCUGGAGAAGCUGAAGAUGCUGGACAGCAGUCCCAUCCUGUCCACGUUCCAAGUCAUCCUGCUGGAGCAUAUCAUCAUGUGCCGGCUGGUCACUGGACACAAGGCCACAGCCUUACAAGAGAUUUCUCAGGUUUGUCAGCUUUGCCAACAGUCUCCCAGGCUGUUUACAAACCAUGCUGCCCAGCUUCACACGCUGCUGGGCCUCUACUGUAUCUCUGUGAACUGCAUGGAUAAUGCUGAGGCUCAGUUCGCUGCUGCUCUGCAGAUGACAACGCAUCAGGAGCUGUGGACGUUUAUCGUGACCAACCUGGCCAGUGUCUACAUCCGAGAAGGCAAUAGACAUCAAGAGCUGUACAGCCUUCUAGAGAGGAUUAAUCCUGAUCACAACUUUCCUGUCAGCUCCCAUUGUCUACGAGCUGCAGCGUUUUACAUCAGAGGGCUCCUGUCUUUCUUCCAGGGACGUUACAACGAGGCCAAAAGAUUUCUAAGGGAGACCCUGAAGAUGUCUAAUGCUGAGGAUCUGAAUCGGCUGACUGCCUGCUCGCUAGUCCUGCUGGGCCACAUCUUCUUCGUCCUUGGCAACCAUAGGGAAAGUAACAACAUGGUGGUUCCGGCCAUGCAGCUAGCCAGCAAGAUCCCAGACAUGUCUGUGCAGCUCUGGUCCUCUGCACUUCUCAAAGAUCUGAACAAGGCUUGUGGAAACACAAUUGACGCCCACGAGGCAGCUCAGAUGCACCAGAACUUCUCCCAGCAGCUCUUGCAGGACCACAUCGCAGCCUGCAGCCUACCCGAACACAACCUCAUCAGUUGGACGGAUGGCCUCCCCCCUGUGCAGUUUCAGCCUCAGAAUGGACCCACUACCAGCCUGGCGAGCCUGCUCUGAGAACAAACUCCCCUACAGAUGGAGAAAAGGAGAUACAGGAGAGCGAUUGAGGAGAGCAACAUGAAAAGAUGGACAGAAAAAAAAGGAGAAGCAGCUGAUGAAAGGGUAAGAGGAAGAGGAGGCUUGAUAAUGAAAUCACAAACUGCACUGUGUCAUUUGGCAGGCUUCCAUCCGGUGCAUUCCUUCAUUUAUUUGGGGCACUGGGGCAUCAUGACUGGAUUUUAAGUAAUUGAAGUUUUCUGGAAAGCAUAAGGUCGCGUGGGCACAUUUGUUAUUACACUGACACAUUUUGGAGUUGUGAUAGUAGUUUGUUCUCUCAGCUCAGUAACAAAAUAAAGGAGAAUGUCUACAUUUUUUAAAUAUGGUUAAUUGCUGAUGUUGCUGUUUAUGCCACUUUCAUGUCUGUAUCGUAAAUGUGAAGCUGCAGCCGGUUAGCUUGGGUUAACACAAAGACUGCAAGCAGGGAAACUGCUAGUGUGAGUCUGAGUGAGCUUUAGAGGCACUGGUACAUAGAAUUUAUUUCCUUUGGACAGAGCCAAGCUAGCUCUUUCCUCCUGUUUCCAGUCUUUGUGCUAAGCUAAGUUAGCGGGCUGCUGGCAGUAGCUUCAUAUUUGCCGUACAGACAUGAGAGUGAUAUCCACCUUCUCAUCUGACUCAUACCAAAAAAGCAAAUAAGCACAUUUCCUAAAAUGUCAGACUUGUGGCCCUGUGGAUUUUUCUUGCAAUGUAAUGUUUACACUCAGUGUUACUCACCCAAACGCAUUGUGUGCAACAUGUUGACUGCAUUUACUUCCUCAUGAAACACUUGCAAAGUUGAUUUUGAAGCAAUUUAAAAUCAGCACUGUUUACAUCUAUGUUUACUGGCUUGCUGCCUUCUUCUUUCCUGCCUCUGCGGGUGCAUUACAGCACAUCUUGGCGUGUUACCACCAUCUACUGAACGAUGAAAUAGUGACAUCAUAGGGAGGAUGCAUGUGUGCGUGUGCGUCCUCGUGCACCUACAUGAGAUAAACAAAACAGAGAACUCGUAGAGAAAUGGCUCCAUAGCACUAGACGAGGUCCAAAACUCCACAGGGAACCUUUGAAUUUGACUGAUUCGUCCCACUCAUUCGGCUAAUCUCUUAACUCGCUCUUGCAAGGCCAUCAUGGAGGCAUUUUUAUUGUGGCUGAAGUAGGUAGUCAGAAAAGUGGAAAUGUUGACAGAACUCUUAGCUUUUAUGAUUAAAUUAGCAUUGAAUUGAAAUCAUCGAGUGGCCAAACAGACUGUCAGAUGUGGCUCAGUCUAUUGCUGUGCAUGAACUCAAUAUGUGUCUUUUCAAAGCACUCGUUGGUCAGCUCUGAUACACAGUAUUAGUUAGGAUACAUUUGGAUAUACAGCAUACUAUAUGUCUGUAAUGAUCUUAAUGUAGUGUAGUGGUGUGUUUGAUAUGUGCUUGGUGGUUGGGUGGACAGCUGCAUGUGUAGCUAACUCACUACAGAGGAACAAAUGUGAACAAAAGUAAGCGUUCAUGAGAUAGAAGACAAUUUAAUGUUGUGUUCGACCUCUUUGAGCCUGGAACCAGCUGCUUGCUUGACAUCCGCUAGUAUUUAUUAAUGUUCUAAGGUAUGGAAAGACUGUGAUGCAUCAAAAAAGUAUGUGAACAACUUUUGGACACCGCAACACAGUCAGUUUGCCGCCUGACUGCACUUCCCUUUAGAUUUUUACUGUUUCACUGUCGCUGUUAUAUGCUGUGCACAUUUUGCUUGGAGUCAAGAAACCAGUGAAAAUAAGACUGUUACCUGUUUGCACAUAUGUUGUUUCAUGAUGAAACUCACAUUUUUAUCUUUGCCAUGUAAGCAUUUUGUAAGCAUGUAAGCAAUAAUCAGUUUUCUCACUCCUGUUUUUUCCCCUGUUUUACUCAUUUCUUCCAGAUGAUGGCAGUAUAAAUCUGUAACUUAUUUAAUUAAUGUUUUUCAUUGUACCAGAUGCAAAUGUUGCUUGCCAUUAUCCUUGAUUACCAUUUGAUAUAUUAUCAAAUAACUGGUAGGACUUUUGAUUUAUUUACACUUUAUGUAACAUGUUUUAUCUCAUGAGGACAUUUGUUGCAGAUUCAUGGUUCAUUAUGUCAGAAUAAACUACUGAGUUCAUUUGCAACUGCAAUAAAAAAUACAGUAUGGAUAACAUUUAUUGUGUUGGCAUUUUACAGUAUGUUGUAAAACUGAAUGUUUAAUUUGUUUUCUCCAUUGUCAUUUUAACUAUUUAACUUCAAUACUUCUGUCACUUUUUAUACAUAAAAAUGAAAAAGUAGAACGACUUGAUUAUUGUCAUUGCUUGAGCAUUUACAUUUUGAUCAACUGUAGCUACAUGAAACAUCAUGUCUGUACUAUUUAUGCUUGACCAAAGAUUGCUCUGCUGGUUAUUCCCAGAUCCUGGCUGGUGACCACAGGUUAGCAGACAUUUGCUGUUUGAGCCCCCAGACUGUGGAAACUCUGCCUAUUGAGAUCAGACAGGCCAUAUCAUUAAUCCCUUCUAAAAACUGUCCUUGAAGGAAAGGGUUUAUGAAUAUUUAAUACAUUUAUGGGUUGUAUAUGUGCAUUUUGCAUUUUUAAGAUUAUUUUAUCCCCUGGUGUUUCAUGAUCCCUGUGUUGUGUUUGUUUUUGCUUUU